UCUACAUUUUACCUUCUACAUCCAAGAAGAGUCACCAACACGUGGACCUGGACCCAAGCCGGGCUCCGAUGAUCGUGACGCAGCACCCCGUGCUGGUGGCGCAGCCCGUGGUGCAAAUGGCGAAUGCACAGGGGCAGGCCCAGUGGUCAUCCAACAUGAUGGAUUGCUUCCAGGAUACGGAGAUCUGCAUCUGCGGGUUAUUCUGCCUGCCACUGCUGCAGUGCAAGGUGGCGUCGGAUUUCGGCGAGUGCUUCUGUGUCCCGAUGCUGCCCGGAGCCUUAAUGGCGUUGCGGACUGGCAUUCGAGAGAGGCACCAUAUCGAGGGCACCGUGUGUGACGACUUCGUGAGCCUGUGGUGCUGCAAUCACUGCACCACGUGUCAGAUGGCGCGCGAACUGCGACACCAGAAGAACCGCGGGACUUCCGUCACGAUGGUGACAACCACGCAGCCCGUGGCCGUGAUACACUGAGAUGCACACGCAAAAAUAUAUACACAUAAAGUCACGUAGAAGGGAAAUAAUAAAAUAAAAAAUAAUAAAAAAUAAAACAUAAUAAAAUAAUUCUGACGACGUUUCGGCCACAACGCAAGCAGCCGUUGUGGCCGAAACGUCGUGAGAAUUCUUUUAUUAUGCUUUAUUUUUAUUAUUUUAUUAUUUCCCUUCUACGUGACUUCACCGAAAGAACCAAGAAGAUGAAUCCCUGCAGUCACGAAAGCUUUAAAUCGAAAAAUAUAUACACAUACAUACACACAUAUACCCAUAUACAUACACAUACAAAAAAUAUCCCCCGUAUAGCCUUAACAGACUGAAGGGGCAAGUGCUGUUAGCGAGCACCUAUGAAGGCCGGAACAUCACACGAGGGGGUGGGUGGCCAACACCACGCCCGGCCGCCUUUGUCUCCCUAGUGGCCAUGUUUACACAUUGCGCCAGCUACUAAUUUGAGGCUGAGUCGACCUAGGGGAGGCCCAGGACCGGUUCAGAUAAUCGUCACUGGUGUUGGCCGUGCGCCGGAUUUGAACCCGUGUCUCGGGGUUCGUAGCGCAGCGUACUAACGGCAACAUCACCGCUCCCCACAUAUACAUACACACAUACACAAACAUACAUACACAUACAUACACACACAUACACACAUAUACACAAAAAUACACGUAAAUAACAAGAUAGAUAAGCAGGCAAUGCUUCUCCUUCAUAUAUCACAUAAAAAAUACAAAUAUUUGUACACAACCCAUGGAGCCUGAUUUUUUGCUGAUGGGACACUGAAUGUUGAAACCAAUGUAGAUUUUUUUUUGCUUAUAUUUAAAUCAACGUUGCAGAAAUUAUGCACUCAUAAAAGGAUAUGGGCCGAUGGUUUGAGUAAAAACAACUCUAAUUUGUUUUUUUUAUGUGAAGACACGGAUACAUGAAGGUUAGACUUAUCGUUUGGUUGUCUACAGCAGUGGUUCUCAACUUUGUUGGCUACUCUAUCCCCCUUGUUGAAUUUAGUUUUAACCGAGUGUACCCCCCUUGCCUGACCCAACGUGGUUCUGAGAAAUAAAUGAAAUGAAUAAUAAACAUAAAUAUUUGAACCAAUUGUCCAUUCUUGUGAGGUAUAUCCUAACUAGCUAAGUAACUGCAAGCAAAUGCAAAAUAAAAUUAACGGACGCUCUGCGUGCAUGACGUAAUUUGUUCGUGA